UUCUGUUGUCAGGUUGGUGUCAAUCAUCAAUUAAAUCUGUUUUCACAAGUAUAUGUGAGCACAUGAAUAUAUUUAAACAUGUUUAUUUAAACAGGACUUCUGUGCAGCACUUCUGGUUUGCAGCGAGAGUAUCAGUACAUAAACAUAAGUAUGACAUGGACACAAGCUCAGAGUUACUGUAGAGAGAGAUACACUGAUCUGGCUACUGUAGACUCGAUGGAUGAUGUGAACACGAUGAUGAAUACAGUGAAUGAUGGGUACAGUGGAUCAGUCUGGAUUGGACUGCAGAAUACGACACAGAGCCGUUGGGUUUGGUCAAAUGGAGAAGAUACCAUUUCACAAUACAGUGCAUGGAACCCAGGAGAUCCUAGUGAUGGAUCAUACUGUGUUGCAUUUAUCAGUAAUGCUUGGCACGGUUUUCCGUGUGGAACCGAAUUAUAUUUUGUGUGUUUCAAUGAAAUGACUGGAUACAUCUUGAUGAACAGUUAUAAAAACUGGACAGAUGCUCAGGGUUACUGUAAACAGUAUCACACUGACCUGCCCACCAUACACAACUCUCAAGAGCAGAGCCAGCUGUAUGCAGUUGUUGGAGAUGGGCCAUGGGCCUGGAUUGGUCUGUAUUUGGACUCUUGGCAGUGGUCUGACCAAUGGAACCUUGCCUUUAGAAACUGGGCAACAGGAUACACAUACAGGACUUCAGGAUUUGGUGAUUGUGUUACCAUGUCAACAGUUUCUAAGAAAUGGGUCCAAUCUCCCUGUAAUGAACUGCACCAUUUUUUCUGCUUUCUUGAUGUUAAAAUACAGACUGUCAGAUUGAACUUGUCCCUUGAUGGAAAAUACAAUUUGCAUGAUCCUUCACUGCAGACUGCCAUUUUAAAAAAGAUAAGUGAAAAGCUAAAGAGCGCCGGACUGAACAGUUUCAACACAAUAAGCUGGAGAACGGAUGAAGUUGGAGAGCUGUUUCACAGACAGAACAAAACUACAUUCAAUUAAGAUAUAAUACAUGCAGUUUAAUCUAAUCUUCAACAAAUGCCCAUAAAGUAAACUUCAAAUAUAUAUAUAUUAUAUUUUGUUGACUUGUUGUAAUUGUUUUAUCCAUUUAUCACAAUUCACUGGAUAGCUGGAAAACCGGAGCACAACAUGCUUUUCAGAUCAAUGAGCUUUGUACAAAUUGACAUGUUUCAGACGUGGAAAUAAUGUAUGUGGAAAUAAUUUGUUUUUUAACCAUAAACCAUGUGAACACAUUGCUUACACAAAAUAAUGUUCUUUUUAGUAAUGUCAUAGGGGCUCUUUAAACAUUAAAUAUAGUGAGGAACACUGUUUGUACUGCAUUUACAUUUAUAUACUUAAAAACG